AACAUACAACUUCAGUGAGACAUGCAACCCUCUCCUAGCAGCAGACUCUCUGCCUGACGUGCUACACUACUCCAUCACCAUAACAGCCAUUGUCACACCAUUACAGCAGCACUUACAAUGGAUCUUUCUACAACAAUACAUCUUUCUUUCUCACUGAAUAACCAAUGAUAUAAUUAUUAAAAAGGUUCAAUCUACUUAUCUACAAUUCUUUAAUCAGUAACAACAGGCAGCAGCAACAAAAUGCUCCUGUCAUUGACCUUUGUAUUGUCGCUGGUCCACUGUGUCCUGACCAUAGACCUCACCUACCAUGUGGAAGAAGAAAGAAGUCCUGGAACAUAUGUAGCAGACAUUGCUGCCGAUUCUAAACUUUUAGACAAUGUUAAACCAUCUGACCAACAUUUGAUAACAUUCAGUCAAUUCAAACGAAAGGUGGCACAGUUAUUUAACAUCACCAAAACAGGUAAACUGUACACUGCUCAGACACUGGAUGCAGAAGAUCUCUGCACAUUCAACAAAGAAUGUUCUAGAACUAUGAAAGUUAUUAUAAAGAAAGUGGCAACAUUCACAAAAAUAUUAAAAGUCAAAAUAGUAAUAGAAGAUAUUAAUGACCAUGAACCAGAGUUUCCAGAAAAACAAAUCACUCUACAUUUUGAAGAAGGUGAUGGGAGAGGAAUGAAAAAAUCAAUUCCAAAUGCCAUAGACAAAGAUGUGAGUUAUCAAAAUUCUUUCAUUGAAUAUAAACUUAAAAAAUCUGAUGAUUCAUUUUCCCUGACAGUUUCUAAAAGAGCUGAUGGUAUUUCAUCAUUAAAGAUUGUUUUAAAAGAAAAAUUAGACCGAGAGAUAAAAGAGAAAUACAAUUUAGAAGUUAUUGCUAAAGAUGGAGGUUCUCCAUCUAAACAGAGUGUGUUAAAUGUUGAGAUUGUUGUUGAAGAUGAGAAUGAUAAUCCACCUGUAUUUUCAAAACCCCUUUAUAAUAUUUCCAUUAGAACUACACACGAUAAGACAAAACCCAUUCUUACUUUGUCAGUGACAGACAAAGAUAUUGGAUCCAACAGUAAAAUUACUUUCCAUUUCAGCCCCAAAACUUCUGAUUUGGCAAAGAAAUAUUUCGAAUUGGAUAAAAAGAUUGGCAAAGUAUUUUUAUCUAGAAUUUCUAGUUUGAAUGAAAAAAAUACUUUUGAAUUAUUUAUAGAGGCCAGAGAUGGAGGUAAGCCACCACUCAGUUCCAUAGCAACUGUUCUGAUAAAUGUUAUCAACCAACACAACAAUCCUCCAUCUAUUGAUAUUGAUUAUGUUAAUGCAAUCAAUGACAAUACAGGUACCAUCUCUGAAAAGAUCAAAGUCGGUAGUUUCCUUGCUUAUGUGAUGGUCACUGACAAUGAUGUGGGACAAAAUGGAGAGGUCAGCUGUGAUAUCAAACAUGAUACAUUCAAACUACAGUCAAUGGGAUCUAAAGAAUAUAAAAUCAUUCUAAACAAACCAGUGGACAGAGAAACACAAGGACACUAUAACAUUCCUGUCUCCUGUCAAGAUAAAGGAUUACCUCCUCUUAAAAGUGUUAAAAGCCUCUCUAUCCAAGUGACUGACAUCAACGAUGUACAACCACAGUUUACCAAAGAUACAUUCCAAUUCCUCACCUACGAAAACAAAGAUAAAGACUUCCCUAUUGGUUUUGUCAAUGCCACGGACCCUGAUCUUGGAUCUGCUGGACAACUCACGUAUUCUCUGCUGCGUAAAGAAAAAUCCAAUCUCCCAUUUCUCAUCACCAGUUAUGGCUUCAUUUCAGCGACCAUGUCAUUGGACAGAGAGAAACAAGAUGUGUAUAAGUUUGAGGUUUUUGUCAAAGACAAUGGAAGCCCAUCUCUGAAUGACACAGCGAAUGUUGUUGUUGAGAUUCUAGAUCAAAAUGACAAUGCUCCGUAUUUUACAUAUCCUAGUAGUGACCCUUACACGCUAAAUGUGCAGUACCAUCCGCAGAGUAAGAGUGACAUCACAGUUUUGAGAGCCUCUGAUGGGGACAGUGGAAACAAUGCUUUCCUCAGAUAUGCAAUCAUACAAGGAAAUGCUAAACAGUUGUUUAGUAUGAACUCACACAGUGGUGCUUUAUCCUUCUCCAGACAAGUUUAUCUAAAUGAUGCUGGAAGUUAUGGGCUGGUGUUUGUUGUGAAGGACAGUGGUAGUCCAGUUCAGUCGUCAACAACUAGUGUCACUUUGGUAUUGGCUGUUAGUAACGAGACAUCACCAAUGUCGAAGAGUGGACCUUUACAAUCUUCAGGUCGGGUCCAUAUGACAUGGGUUAUUAUCAUUGUAUCAUCAGCAGUAAUAAUAUCAGUGGCUAUUGUUGUUUCUAUAACGCUGUGUAUUAUGAAAUGUAUUAAACACAGAGAUAACACAGCUGCUGCCACAAAGAAUACAGCCUACCAAGGUAGAGCAGAGAUGAAACAAUUGUUGUACCAGACUAACACUUCUGUUGCUAUGUCGAGGAAUGCAGAAGAGAUGGUGAAGCGGAAUAUCUAUUCUGAGAGAUCCAAGAGUGAAUGUUAUGCAGAAGGUCAGCUACAGAACAAAUAUGAAUCUUCAGUUCAGUCGAGAACUUUACCAAAACCUACCCCAAAAUACUGUCAACCUGUUGUGGUGACAUCAAGUGAUGAUGCUGUGGAAGAUAAUGCUACUAUGGUUUGUAACUAUACAUCAGAUACAAUGUCGUCCAAGAGAAGUGGUAGACAAGGAGACUUGAAACAUUACGAAGAAAUACCAGGAGUAUCAGAUCAAAGUAUAUAUAAAAACAAUGGCACCUCUACAUCAAAAGAUUCCAGUGAAGAACACCAGUGAAACAUGUCUAAUUAUUUUAUCAAUGAGACAUAACUACAUUUCUCUAUGUAAAUGUAAAGACAAUGUGAUAAAUACAGAAACGCUACUGACACACAUUCUGUGUUUUCUGAACUCUACAUAGUAUUGCAGAUUUCCAAAGGACAGAGUUUUCUGAAAAGCAUCCACAUUUCUCCAGUUAAAUGCAACAUUCUAUAAUUUAAACUGAUAUGAAACAUUUCAAAUUUAAUUGAAGGUUUUAUGUAAUUUAUAAGGCUUCUUACUCUAUUUUUAAGUUAGUUCAAAUGAAAAACCAAAAUUACCAGAUUUUUAUUGCAAUUCUGAUAUAAUGCUCCAAAUAUAAUUCUAUAAACUAAAACCGGGUUACAAACAAAACAAAUAGUGUUCAAAACUUAGUAAUUUUAAUUAAAUCAUUAGCACUAAUAUUUUAUAAUGCUUUACAAAAAAUAAACUGAAAACUUAUUCUAGUUAUUAGCAUUAAGGUGGAGGAAGACAUGAUCAAUACCAAAUUCUUUUGUUUGUUUGUUUUUGUGGGGUUUCUUGCCUCUUCAAAACAAAUCACUGUAAAAACAGAACUCUUCAGUGGCUUUCGGUCGUAAUCAUUCAACCAAUCAGAUUCUCACGAAAACAGAAAAAUUCAUUAACAAAGAUAAGCUUUCACAUUACUAGUGUUAUCAAAUUAAGCAAUUAUGUUAUGUUUCACUGACUAAUUUUUUAGCUAUUUUAAUAUUUAUCUAUCUAUCUAUCUAAUAUAUAUAUGUAAAUAGUAAACAUCAUCUUCAAGGAUAAAUACACGCAGUCUAUUAUCAGAUGGAUGUACUCCCACAAGCAUACAACUUCAGUGAGACAUGCAACCCUCUCCUAGCAGCAGACUCUCUGCCUGACGUGCUACACUACUCCAUCACCAUAACAGCCAUUGUCACACCAUUACAGCAGCACUUACAAUGGAUCUUUCUACAA